CAAAAAAACAUUACGACGAGAACCAGUUCGCUUCCACUAAGCGAGAACAAGGCCCAGCGCCUGUUUAGUCGAAGGGUCACGGGCAGACUGACUGAGCAAUGUCGUUCUGUGUCUCUCCGUUAGUGCGCUCACCACCAUCGUUUCUUUCUCUCUAUCCCACUUUCUCCUCUGUAGAUAAUGUCCUGGCAAGCAUACGUCGAUACGAAUCUCGUCGGCAGUGGCAGGAUCGCCAAAGCAGCUAUCAUCGGUCAACAGGGAGGCAUCUGGGCAGCGUCAGCAGGAUACAACCUCUCGACAGCGGAGCAGAAUGCUAUCAUCCAGGGUUUCUCGGAUCUUGCGCACGUCCAAGCAUCUGGGAUCCGUGCUGCCGGGCAAAAGUUCUUUACCCUCCAGGCGAAUGAGCGUAGCAUAUAUGGGAAGAAGGCGGCGGAUGGAAUCGUGAUUGUCAAGACGAAACAGGCGAUCCUUGUUGCUGAAUAUAUUGCGCCCAUCCAGGCGCCGGAAGCUACGCCUAUCGUAGAAGGACUCGCAGAUUACUUGAUCAGCGUGGGGUACUAGGCUCGAGCUCAUCGAUGUUUUUGCUACAAAGAAGACUUGAAAUGUAUUAAUCUAACGCCCUGAAGAGACGGCCUUUUAUGUAUCGAUCUUGUUACAUUUUCUGCAUCGAUUGACUGAACGAUUGAAUAUCUGAUCUUAUAUCCCUGAUGGAAUCCUCCAACGU